AUGGAUUUCCCAGCACAAGGCAGACGAAGAGAUCCACAAUACAACAUCAAUAACGCUAUAAAGGAGCGUCAGAAUCACGAACCAACUCCAACUCCAACUCAUACGCCUGCUAGAACAAAUCUUUGGUGCCCAUGCUCGCCACAACGAACACGUUCACCAGAACGAACAAGAUUCCUGACCUCGCCAGCUCCGUCAACUUCAAGAUCACGCCCACCAGAACGAACUCCGUGCACAAAUUCAACUUUAUCAACUUCAAUAUCACGCCCACCAGAACGAACUCCGUGCACAACUUCAUCAACCUCAUCAAAUUCAAGAUCUCCGUCUCCCACAAGAACGGUUUUUGUGGCUCCUUUGCAAACCGCAGUACAAUCAGUCGUAACUGUUUUCGUAACGCCAAGCUUACAACCCAUACCACCAGUAGCAACACAAACAAGCACACCUUCCAUUAGCACACCUUCCGUUAUCCCAACCUCUAGAAUUCUGACGCCUCCUGGUGUGGUAUUGGCGGCUGUUACGGGUGUACUUGGUAUGGCAAGACUAAUCACUUAUUGUUAAUUACUAACAUCAAACAGCUGGUAUUGCUGUCUUGGUCAAUAUGGGCAUCAUUAUAUGGCGCAGAAGGAAAAAUCAAACGAGAAGAAAAGAAGAGGUAUGCAACCAGUCAUACUCUUCUGAAGAAAAAAUGUCAGUCAACGUUAUGAAGGAGCAGCGGGAGACUACUGAGACUGGGAACAGUCGGCCCUGGGACGCGAACUUAUACAAUACUCUAUAUCGCUUAGAAGGAAAGCCAUCUCUGCGAUAG